AUGGAGAAAAGUAGAGGCUCAUCGUUCAAUCAACAAGAAGAUGAGCUAUUAUGUUGUGUGUAUUUAGAAAUAUCGCAAGAUCCCAUUAGUAACAAUAACCAAUCUGUUGGGAAAUUGUGGAAAAAAAUAGAUGGAGAAGGCUAA